AUGGCAGCUUCCGAGACAGUUAGGCUGCGGCUCCAGUUCGAUUAUCCGCCUCCAGCCACGCCACACUGUUCCUCUUUCUGGCUCCUGGUCGACCUGAGCCGAUGCCGAGUCGUCACGGAUCUCAUCAGUCUCAUUCGUCAGCGCUUCGGCUUCAGUUCCGGGGCGCUCUUGGCUCUCUACCUGGAUGGGGGGCUCUUGCCCCCCGCCGAGAGCGCGCGUCUGGUCCGGGACAACGACUGUCUCAGAGUUAAAUUAGAAGAGAGAGGAGUUACUGAAAAUCCAGCAGUAGUCAGUAAUGGCUAUAGUGACCAUUUGUUACCUAAAAAGGCAAGGAAGAGGGCAUUCCAGUGGGAGGAGGAUGAAGAAACCGAAUUCUAUCCCAAAAACUCAAAGAAGCCUUGCAGGAGGCAAGGGAACAGUAAGAAUAAGGAGAAAAACUUGGCUCCAGAGCCCAAAUCCUCACCAGAUUAUAGUGUAAGGAAAAAAAGCAAGAGGAAAAAGAAAACUGCAGGUCAGGUAGUGGAGGAGGAAGAAGAGGAGGAGGAGGAGGAGGAAGAAACUCAAAGGAAAACUCCAAAGGCAAAGGAGAAAUGUGAAUAUAAAAAACGGACAAAGACUGUCAAGACUUCUAAAGCACAGAAAGAGUGGACUCUCCAGAACUCGAGCUCUUCAAAGUAUGCUCAGAGUCAAAAUAGCCAUCUUAAAGCCAAAACUGAAGGUGGCCCAGACAGCAAUUCAAAAGGUUGCCCCAGUUCUGACUCAGACUCUGAAGCCCUGAAACAAUCUGCCAUUGAGGGUCCUAGCAAGGUCACCUCAGAGACCACACCGGCCGAGGCAUCAAAGGAAAAGCCCCCCGCGAAAAAUACCGUAGCAAGCAAAGUGGCUGCAAAAUCUGGUGUUCCCUCCACCCCUGCCCAGGGCAAGUCAUCCAGAGACUCAUCUUCUGAUUCAGACUCUACUUCAGACUCUGAGGACCAGAGUAUGAGUUCCAAGACGAGCCGGAAGUCUGUCUUACAGUCUUCGUCCAUUUCAGGACGAACUUGUGCAUUUCUAGGGCAAUUAGCACAGACCUCAAGUGCUGCCACCAAGAAGUACGCCGACGCCAAUGGUGGCACCCAGGUUUUCGGUUCUCUUUCCACCGUGACUUUUUCCUCCACUCUGGGACGAGGUUUGGGGAGGGGACAGGACAUUCUUCCUUGGAAGGGAGCAAGAGGUCGGGGCAUGCAGGGAAGAGGUCGAGGUCGAAGCUUUUCCAAUGUUUUAAAUAGGAAUGCUGAGCAUGAGAAGCAACAGCAGUUAAAUGAAGUGGUAGCAAACUCAUCUGUUGUUAUCCAGAACCCCGUAGAGACCUCCAAGGAUGAGAACAGUUUAUUACCCCCUCUGAGGGAUUACACUUUGUUACCACUGUUGGCAGCUGCCCCUCAAGUUGGAGAAAAGAUUGCAUUUAAGCUUUUGGAACUAGCACAGGAUUAUUCUCCGGGUGUUUCUGAAUACAAGGAAGGAAAAUUACUAAGCUACAAUCCUGAGACUCAGCAAGCAGAUAUAGAAAUUCUUUCAUCCUUACCCGCUACAAAAGAACCUGGGAAAUUUGACUUGGUUUAUCACAAUGAAAAUGGAGCUGAGGUCGUGGAAUAUGCUGUGACGCAGGAGAAGAAGAUCACCGUUUUAUGGAAAGAAUUGAUUGAUCCAAGACUGAUUAUUGAAUCUUCAAAUAAUACAUCAAGUCUAAAGCUUGCCUGACUAUGACAUCUUCAGCUCAUAGUUUAUAAUUGUCUUAUUUGUGAAAGUGACUGUAACCUGAACUUUUUUUAAAAAAAAAGAUUUGGUGGCGCAGCGGUAGGGCAUUUGUUUGCCUUGCAAGCAACUGACCCAGUACAGACAGUAGUUCAAUCCCCCGGCGUCCCAUAUGGUCCCCCAAGCCAGGAAUGAUUUUUUGAGCACAUAGCCAGGAGUAACUCCUGAGAGUCACCGGGUGUGGCCAAGAAAAAAACAAACGAAAAAAAAAGAGAAGAUUUGAAAAUUAUUUGCUUUUUUUGUUACUUUUACUGUAUAGGGGGGGAAAAUCUACCUCAUCUUUUAAAAUCACAUGGACAUUGCUUUUGUAGACUUGUUUUUUGCAGGUUUAAUUUCAGUAACAAAAUUGAAAAUAUGACAUUCCCUGCAGGCCUUGUUUUAUGCCAGUAUGUAUGGUUUCUUUAUUUUUAAUAAUUCUUUCCACCAUCAAGGAGCCAUUUCAGUAGGAACUUAUAAGACCCAAGUAUUAGGAAGUACUGCCUAUCUUGUCUCAUAUGUUUUAUUAAGUAACAUUUGAAAACAUGGGAACAUGUUACUUAACUCAAUUUUUUUAAACUUGAUUUCCAUUAAAUGUGGAACAUCUUAUACAUUUCAAGUACUUUAUGCUUAUCAUUGUUAGGAAUUAACAAGUAGUUAAAUUUUUUGCAGGCAAUGAUCCUUUCACAUUUUUUGCAACUUUUAAGAUCAAGGAUUUUCAGGCCCUAUGUAGAACAGUGAAAAUAAGACACACACACACACACACACACACAUGUGUAUAAGUGUAUGCGUGUGUGUAUAUACAUGGGGAGUAAUUUGUGUUCUAGUUGGGUGAAAGGAUUUUCUGAGUUCAGAUCAGAUUUUUUGCCUUGCUACAAAUCUCAAGAAGCUGGCUGAGGACUGAAGGGUGGAUCUUGAACAGAAAUGUCCUUUCCUGUUAUUCAACACAAAGCUAAAAUAGGAAGAGAUAUACUGUGAAGAAAAAAGAAAAUAAACAUGCAAAGAUCAUUUUCACAAAAGCUCAGAUCCUUCCUUCAGUUUUGCAAAUAAAAUCCUAUUGAACUGAAA